AUGCUCUCUCUCUCUUCCUUGCUCUCUUUUGUGCAUGCUCUCUCUCUCUCUUCCUUGCUCUAUUUUUUGUGCAUGCUCUCUCUCUCUCUCUUCCUUGCUCUAUUUUUUGUGCAUGCUCUCUCUCUCUCUCUCUUCCUUGCUCUCUUUUUUGUGCAUGCUCUCUCUCUCUCUUCCUUGCUCUCUUUUUUUGUGCAUGCUCUCUCCCCUCUUCCUUGCUCUCUUUUUUUUGUGCAUGCUCUCUCCCUCUCUUCCUUGCUCUCUUUUUUUUUGUGCAUGCUCUCUCUCUCUCUUCCUUGCUCUAUUUUUUGUGCAUGCUCUCUCUCUCUCUCUCUCUUCCUUGCUCUCUUUUUUUUUUGCAUGCUCUCUCUCUCUCUUCCUUGCUCUCUUUUUGUGCAUGCUCUCUCUCUCUCUUCCUUGCUCUCUUUUUUUGUGCAUGCUCUCUCUCUCUCUUCCUUGCUCUCUUUUUUUGUGCAUGCUCUCUCUCUUCCUUGCUCUAUUUUUUUGUGCAUUCUCUCUCUCUCUCUCUCUCUUUUCUAUUUUUUUUUUUUGUGCAUGCUCUCUCUCUCUCUCUCUCUUCCUUGCUCUAUUUUUUUUUGCAUGCUCUCUCUCUCUCUCUCUUCCUUGCUCUAUUUUUUUUUUGUGCAUGCUCUCUCUCUCUCUCUCUCUCUCUCUUCCUUGCUCUUUUUUUGUGCAUGCCUCUCUCUCCCUUCCUUGCUCUCUUUGUGCAUGCUCUCUCUCUCUCUUUUCUCCCUUGCUCUCUUUUUUGUGCAUGCCUCUCCCCCUCUUCCUUGCUCUCUUUUGUGCAUGCCUCUCUCUCUCUUCCUUGCUCUAUUUUUUGUGCAUGCUCUCUCUCUCUCUCUUCCUUGCUCUUUUUUGUGCAUGCUCUCUCUCUCUCUCUUCUUUGCUCUCUUUUUUUUUGCAUGCUCUCUCUCUCUUCCUUGCUCUAUUUUUUGUGCAUGCUCUCUCUCUCUCUCUCUUCCUUGCUCUAUUUUUUGUGCAUGCUCUCUCUCUCUCUCUCUUCCUUGCUCUAUUUUUGUGCAUGCUCUCUCUCUUCCCUUGCUCUAUUUUUUUUUGUGCAUGCUCUCUCUCUCUCUCUCUCUUUCUUGCUAUUUUUUGUGCAUGCUCUCUCUCUCUCUCUUUCCACGCUCUAUUUUUUGUGCAUGCUCUCUCUCUCUCUCUCUCUUGCUCUCUUUUUUUUGUGCAUGCUCUCUCUCUCUCUUCCCUUGCUCUCUUUUUUUGCAUGCUCUCUCUCUCUCUCUUCCUUGCUCUCUUUUUUUGUGCAUGCUCUCUCUCUCUCUUCCUUGCUCUAUUUUUUUUUGCAUGCUCUCUCUCUCUCUUUUCCAUGCUCUCUUUUUUGUGCCUCUCUCUCUCUUCCUUGCUCUAUUUUUUGUGCAUUCUCUCUCUCUCUCUCUCUCUUCCUUGCUCUAUUUUUUGUGCAUGCUCUCUCUCUCUCUCUCCUUGCUCUAUUUUUUGUGCAUGCUCUCUCUCUCUCUCUCUCUCUUCCUUGCUCUCUUUUUUGUGCAUGCUCUCUCUCUCUCUUCCUUGCUCUCUUUUUUGUGCAUGCUCUCUCUCUCUCUUUCUCUCUUCCUUGCUCUCUUUUUUGUGCAUGCUCUCUCCCUCUCUUCCUUGCUCUCUUUUUUGUGCAUGCUCUCUCUCUCUCUUCCUUGCUCUAUUUUUUUGUGCAUGCUCUCUCUCUCUCUCUUCUUGCUCUCUUUUUUGUGCAUGCUCUCUCUCUCUGCUCUCUUUUUGUGCAUGCUCUCUCUCUCUUCCCUUGCUCUAUUUUUGUGCUCUCUCUCUCUCUCUCUUCCUUGCUUUCAUUUUUGUGCAUGCUCUCUCUCUCUCUCUCUUCCCUUGCUCUCUUUUUUUUGUGCAUGCUCUCUCUCUCUCUUCCUUGCUCUAUUUUUUUUUUGCAUGCUCUCUCUCUCUCUCUCUCUUCCUUGCUCUCUUUUUUGUGCUCUCUCUCUCUCUUCUUGCUCUCUUUUUUUGUGCAUGCUCUCUCUCUCUCUCUCUCCUUGCUCUAUUUUUUGUGCAUGCUCUCUCUCUCUCUCUCUUCCUUGCUCUCUUUUUUGUGCAUGCUCUCUCUCUCUCUUCCUUGCUCUCUUUUUUGUGCAUGCUCUCUCUCUUCCUUGCUCUCUUUUUUUGUACAUACUCUCUCUCUCUCUUCCUUGCUCUAUUUUUUUGUGCAUGCUCUCUCUCUCUUCCUUGCUCUAUUUUUUUGUGCAUCUCUCUCUCUCUCUUCCUUGCUCUCUUUUGUGCAUGCUCUCUCUCUCUCUCUUCCUUGCUCUCUUUUUGCCCUCUCUCUCUCUUUUUUUCUUGCUCUCUUUUUUGUGCAUCUCUCUCUCUCUCUCUCUUUCUUGCUCUCUUUUUUUGUGCAUGCUCUCUCUCUCUCUCUUCCUUGCUCUAUUUUUGUUUUGUGCAUGCUCUCUCUCUCUCUUUCCUUGCUCUCUUUUUGUGCAUGCUCUCUCUCUCUCUCUUUGCUCUCUUUUUGUGCAUGCUCUCUCUCUCUUCCUUGCUCUCUUUUUGUUGCAUACUCUCUCUCUCUUCCUGCUCUCUUUUUUUUUUGUGCAUGCUCUCUCUCUCUUCCUUGCUCUAUUUUUUUUUUGUGCAUGCUCUCUCUCUCUUCUUCCUUGCUCUCUUUUUUUUGCAUGCUCUCUCUCUCUCUCUCUCUUCCUUGCUCUCUUUUUGUGCAUGCUCUCUCUCUCUCUCUUCCUUGCUCUCUUUUUUGCAUGCUCUCUCUCUCUCUUCCUUGCUCUCUUUUUUUGUACAUGCUCUCUCUCUCUCUUCCUUGCUCUCUUUUUUGUGCAUGCUCUCUCUCUCUCUUCCUUGCUCUCUUUUUUGUGCAUGCUCUCUCUCUCUCUCUUCCUUGCUCUCUUUUUUGUGCAUGCUCUCUCUCUCUCUUCCUUGCUCUCUUUUUUGUGCAUGCUCUCUCUCUCUCCUUGCUCUCUUUUUUUUGUGCAUGCUCUCUCUCUCUCUCUCUCUUCCUUGCUUCUUUUUUUUGUGCAUGCUCUCUGCUCUUUUUUAAUUUUAUUUUAUUUUAUUUUAUUUUAUUUAUUUUUUAACAUCUUUUGUCUUUCUCUCUCUUUUUGUCCAUGCCUUUCAUUCUGCCUUGUUUCUUUUUGCUCUCUUUCUCCUCAUUAUUGA